AUGCCUGUGUGCAUCCUCUUUGUGGAGUGUCUGUGUGCGGAUAGGGGCCGGACAGUGGAGAGCGCGUCUUGGAUCUCUUGUUUUGACGAGUACCCUCUCUUCCCUCCUGAGGCCUCCAUGGUGCUGGACACGCUUCUGCGUUUUGGGAAGCAGUUGCUACGGGUGAAGGUGGUAAACUGUGACUCCGAGGAGUCCCGUCUGUCGCGAUGUCUCAACACGUUCGACCUGGUGGCCCUGGGCGUGGGCAGCACGCUGGGCGCUGGCGUUUAUGUGCUUGCCGGCGCCGUUGCACGAGACAACUCAGGUCCUGCGAUCGUUCUGUCUUUCCUGAUCGCAGCCUUGGCCUCAGUGUUGGCUGGUCUCUGUUAUGCUGAGUUCGGAGCCCGUGUCCCAAAGACAGGCUCAGCGUAUCUUUACUCUUAUGUGACGGUGGGAGAGCUGUGGGCCUUCAUCACUGGAUGGAAUCUCAUCCUCUCCUACAUCAUUGGUACAUCUAGUGUGGCCCGUGCAUGGAGUGCCACCUUUGAUGAGUUGGUAGGAAAGCGCAUAGAGCAGUUCUGCAGAGAGUACAUGUCUAUGAAAGCUCCAGGCAUAUUGGCAGAGUACCCCGACAUGUUUGCUGUUCUCAUCAUAUUCACCCUUACAGGUCUUCUUGCAUUUGGAGUGAAAGAGUCAGCAAUGGUGAAUAAGGUUUUUACAUGUGUCAACGUGCUGGUCCUGUUGUUCAUGGUGGUCUCUGGCCUGGUCAAAGGCACAAUGAAAAACUGGCAGCUAGACCCUGAGGAAAUCCUACAUGCAAAUUAUUCAAAUAGCUCCAGUCACAAUCUGACUGACACUCUGCCAACCAAGGAGAGCGUAGGAGCGGGGGGCUUCAUGCCAUUUGGUUUCACGGGUGUCCUCUCAGGAGCAGCCACAUGUUUCUAUGCCUUUGUAGGAUUUGACUGCAUCGCCACGACAGGUGAGGAGGUGAAGAACCCCCAGAGAGCCAUCCCCAUCGGCAUCGUUUCCUCUCUGCUGAUCUGCUUUGUCGCUUACUUUGGUGUUUCUGCUGCCCUCACCCUCAUGAUGCCAUACUAUCUCCUGGACAGCAACAGCCCUCUGCCUGUAGCUUUCAAUUAUGUGGGCUGGGGAGGAGCCAAAUAUGCUGUAGCUGUAGGCUCCCUUUGUGCUCUGUCUACCAGUCUGUUGGGCUCCAUGUUCCCCCUUCCCCGUAUCAUCUUUGCCAUGGCACGGGAUGGGCUGCUCUUCUCCUUCCUGGCCCAGGUCAGCGAGAGGAAAGCUCCUAUAACGUCCACUUUUGCUGCUGGGGUGAUGUCCGCAAUCAUGGCAUUUCUGUUUGAACUGAAGGACCUGGUGGACCUGAUGUCCAUAGGUACCCUGCUGGCCUACACGUUAGUGGCUGCCUGUGUGCUGGUGCUCAGGUACCAGCCAGAGCAGCCCGCCUCGGUAUACCAGAUGGCCAAUAACCAAGAUGACGCAGACAUGAGUGAUGGCCUGAGUGUCCCGAGCAUGGACUUCCUGCCUGGUGUGGAGGAGAGGUUCAGCUUCCAGACUCUGCUGUUUCCCAGCAACACUGAACCAUCCACGCUGUCAGGUUUCAUUGUCAACGUCUGUACUUCCAUCAUGGGAAUACUGAUCCUGGCCUUCAGUAUACUGGCAGUGCAGGGAGGCAUAGUUGCGUGGAACAUGAUAACCCUAACCGUCAUCUUCAUGGUGUGUCUCCUCCUUGUUUUCGUCGUCUGGAGGCAGCCUGAGAGCAAGACAAAACUCUCCUUCAAGGUUCCCUUGCUGCCUUUUCUUCCAGUGAUCAGCAUGUUUGUCAAUGUCUACCUGAUGAUGCAGCUGGACAGAGGCACUUGGAUUCGGUUUUCCAUCUGGAUGGCAAUAGGCUUAGUGAUUUACUUCUUGUAUGGCAUCCACCACAGCGCUGAGGCAGCUACGACGCACUCAACUGUAGAGACAGAGAUGAACGGCUUCAAGUUUGACCGCGAAUUAGAGGCCAUGUCAACAGAAAAAGAAGCCUUUCUCCGCAAUGGCAUCGAUGCCAGGGAAGAUAAUGAUGAAGAUUUUGUUUCACAGCAGCAGAGGGCGCAAACGUGCAAAGAAAGGAACUCAGAGCAAGCGUCUGAGCAGAAGGAAGCUCUGCCAGGUGUCGGCUGCAGCAUCAGCACCACUCCUCCCUCCUCCUCCUCCUCCUCCUCCUCCUGUCUGCAGUACCUCUCUCCUGGCAUCGUUGCUUCCAGCCAGAGAGAGAAAUCAGAGCGCGGGGAGGGAGCCGAGCCAUGCGUCCGUGUUGCCUUGUGCAACUCCAGUGUUUUUGGGCGAGUUUCUUCAGUGAAUCAGCAGCUCGGAAAAACCUGGAAAUUAAAAAACGUCAAGCAAAGACAGCUUCAACCUUCUGAAAUCAAGAUAAGUUGGGACCUGAAGUGAAAAAAGAUUCAGUGAGAUGUUAUUUCAUCCCUGGAUUAUUCAACAGAAACCUUUGUCUAACGUUUUUUGAAGAGGAAUAACAAAGAGGAAAGCCACUUUUUUCUAACUACACAAAUGGCCUCGUCAGCUGAAUAUGCCUAAAACAUAAAAAAGUCAAACAUGAGUGUUCCAACUAGUUUCCAAGGACUAAGGGUCAAUGUUGAUAGAGAGGAGAAGAUUGGAAGUAAAACCAAGAUCCCAUUCAUCCCCUCCAGUGAUAAUAAUGCUAAUCAGUUCACUUCUACAAUUCAUCAAGAAGGAAGAAGCCUCACUGAGGACACAGGAUACAGUGCAAGCUCAAUUCCUCCCCUGGUUUCUCAGAAUGAAUCUCCAGACAAGUUGGUGAUUUGGGGUUCUGAGCAGCAAUGUAUGGAGCCUGAGCUAAGAGAGUUUGAGCUUUUAGAAUGUCAGGAGAUACAUACAUUCUUAGGAAAUAGGAGUCAGGCGGAAGAUGAGGAUGAUGAUGAUGAUGGAGGGAGUAUUAGGGAUGGAAAAUAUGAGGGUCCCAUGUCCAUAUCCUCGAGUUCAACAGCCAGUUCCACUUCAGUCGGUGUGAAGAGAAAUGACAAUGACAGCAACAAAGUCGAAGGCAGAAUUGAGAGGGGCAAAGCGAAGAGGAUUGCCUGUCACAGCACUGAAGACUUGGACACAUGUGUCAGUGCUUCAGUCGAGAAAAGGGAUAACAGGUCAGGCAGGGAUAGAUUUAAAGGAGGUCUGAAGGAGUCCAAAUCUGAGACAAAUGUGUUUGUCUCCAGUCUAUUGGCUGUUUCCCUCAGUGGAAGCCUGUCUAGUGCCCUGGAUUCUAGUGGAGAAGUCUCUCCCGUUUCUUUGUCCGGCUCAAAGAUCAGUACUUGUCCCAACACCAACAACACUACCUCAGCCCAGUCCAGCAGAAGUGCAGCCCCAGUAGAUGCCAGUCAACACUCCCCACCAAUGUACUCUCAAGUGGAACAUGGCAGUCCUCCAUACUGCAGCCAUGAUCAGAAACUAGAGAGGACUUAUCAAGGAUAUAACCAGUCCUCUGAUGGUGUCCUUGGCCAAAGGAGAAAGGCUGGAUUUGAGGAAAGAGUCCUGCCACCUCGACGGCAACAGCUUGUCAGGCCCCUUUGCCAGACAGAGAUAGGGAGAGAGAAAAAGCAAAGUGAGAAUGUGCUGCCUUCCUCUCUAAAUCUAUCUCCUGAGUCACAAAGGAAUGGAUCCAUCCGAAAGUUCACAAAAUCAUCUUUACGAGAACCAUCAAGUUUUUCCCACCUGUAUCACUCAACUGGAGUCUCCCAGGUGACACUGCCCAACCAGGCAUCCCAACAAGAGGUUCCACUUGUGGAAAAACAGCCAAUUACAGAUACACAGCAAAGAUCUGGUCCUACAAAUUCUUCUUCUGUGGAGAAGGGGCCACAGACUCAGCUCACGUACCGAAGGAAUUGCUCCAGCCCCAACAGGAUUGGGGUUGAAUCCAAGUCAUGUACUCCUCCCCACUCCCCUCUCAGGACACCCCAGGGCUCACCACGCAGGCAACCCUCUAUGUUCCUCCUUUCCAGAAAUGUCUCUGGAGUGAACAGGCAUAUCCCAUCAGGGUGUAACCCCGCUGUACUGACGUCUGCUCAGGGUUACGGCAACAGUUGCUUGAGAGCAACCGUCAAAACUAAUAUAAGCACAAGUGGAAUCCCUAAAGCGCCUCUUAACAACCAGCAGAGCUCCCCAAACUCACAUCCUAAAGAAGGUUCUCCAUCGCCUAAACUUAAACCUAAAGGAGUUCGCCCCAAAAUCAUUACCUAUGUCCGCAAGAAUCCCCAAUUUAAGCCCCAGGCUGCUGAUGGACCUUAUCAGGUAUCUUCUCUGCCAUCCAGGCUUUCAACAUACACCCACAGCCAAACACCUACUUCUAGCAAAGAUGCCUCAAAAGAUCCCUCCAAGCCCGAUGCAGAGGCCCGAGGAGCUCCAUUGCUCAGUGCCUCCAAUCUGCUUUAUGACAAAUACCGCCAAGAGAUGCAGACAAACAUUUUUUCACCGAGCCUGCACAGCAGGAACAUAAGAGCUCCUGUACACACAAACACAGUCCCCUCUGCAUAUGCACACAGCCACACAGCUCCCCCAAAACUAGGCAGCAAAGCAGACAACUUCUACAGGGCACCAACAGAGGUGGGAAGAUCUCUCAGUUUGAAAGGUAGCUCUGCUGAAGAUGCACUGCAGAGCCGGACAGCUCCGCAGGCCGGAGGAAGUGGCAGUCUGCUGCGCUCUAGCAGAGGUCUGCGUCUGGGCCUGGGAGCUGUCACCAGGACAGCUGCAGGCACUGCCAAGAGCAAAGGUCCCGGUCAAGGACAGAGGUCAGUCCUGGUCUUCAGCCAGCCUGUACAGCCUGUCAACCCAGCAGUCAGCCAAAAAGGCCAAGAACAUACAGAUGACCAGGUUGUCAGUCAUGAUCCUGCUCCUUCAACAGAACCAGCUCAGGCUCCAUCCACAGCCUCCAGGUCUCUGCUUCCCAAGGCCAGUCCGUCUGGCCUGCGGCCCCCAGGCUUCAGCUCCAGCCGUCUGCCCGCAGCCCGCCUGGCAGCAUUUGGUUUUGUCAGGAGCUCCAGCGUGUCCUCAGUGCACUCCGCUGACAGCACACAGAGUGACCCCUGCAGGACUGCACAUCGUCUGAGUGUGAGUGAGGACCCUCCUAUUCACAGAGUGACCACUGGCCAGUCGGCAGAUUCUCAGAGGGGGGCACCAUGUCGGAGCCACAGCCUCCAGCCUCCCUCCACCCCAGCCCUGCCCCGCCGAUACCUGCCCCCCCAGCCACGAAGCUCUCCAGGAGUUGGCAGAAAGGAGUUUCAGCGCAGUUCAGAGGUUACUCGAUCCCUCCCAUCUUCUCCAAAGAGACUGGCAGUGGUUCCUCCUAAGCCUCAGUCCCCAGUCCAGGCUGGGCAGAAGCACACAUCAGCAGUGCGAGGUUCGGCCCCCUCUGGGUCUCCUCGCCGUGUGGCGCCCCUGAGGCUGCAGCAAGAACAGCAGGAGAGCUUGCAGAGAGAGAAAGAGGAGGCUCAACAGAAAGAGAGAGAAAGGCAAGCAGAGGAAAAGCAAAAAGAAAAGGAAAGGCAGGAGGUCCAGAAGCUGGAGGGACACUGUGAACAGCAGGAGAGGCAGCUGAAAGCUCUGAGAAAUGAGCUGAAAAAGACAUCUAUGGGCCUGGAGGCUUUCAUAAUCAUGACUCAGCAUUAUUGUCUGAAGAAUGAGAAUGCCGAAGAAAGUCAAAUGCAACUGCUCCAGGAAAUUCAAGAGAUCAGAGAAGAGAUGGCAUCUAGCUCAUUGCGCUGGGAGAAGCUCCAGUGGGACAAAACUGCCCUGGAGGGGGCGUUUGAGAGAGAGCUGCAGGAGCUCCAGCAGCAGCAGGAGGAAGAGCUGGCUGCUGUUGAGGAAGGACUGAGGAAGUGUCACGUUGCCGAGACAGAGAACCUGAAAGCGGAACAUCGGUCGGAGAUGGAAGAGCUGAGAACUCAGCAGCAGGAGCAGGUGGAGGAGAUGACAGUCAACCACCACGCAGCCAUUCAAGAGCUCAGAGACAUGCAUAACAUCACCAUGGCAACACUACACGAGGAGCACGCCCGUACCAUGAGAGAUAUAAGGAAAGCUCAUGAGCAACAGAAGACUUUUCUGGAGGAGGACUUUGAGAAGCUCAGAAUCUCUCUACAGGAUCAAGUGGACACGCUCACAUUUCAAAACCAGAGUUUAAGGGACAAAGCCAAGCGCUUUGAAGAGGCUUUGAGGAGGAGUACAGAUGAGCAAAUCAUUGAUGCUUUAGCUCCAUACCAACACAUCGAGCAGGACCUGAAGAGCCUGAAGGAGGUGGUUGAAAUGAAGAACCAGCAGAUCCAUCAGCAAGAGAAGAAGAUUUCUGACCUGGAGAAAGUGGCCCAAAAGAACGUGUUCCUCGAGGAGAAGGUCCAGGUUCUGCAGCAGCAGAAUGAAGAUAUGAAAGCUCGUAUUGAAAAGAACCUCGUCUUGUCGAGGCAACUGUCAGAGGAGAAUGCUAAUCUGCAUGAGUCUGUGGAGAAGGAGAGCACUGAGAAGAAGCGCCUGAGCCGGAAUAACGAGGAGCUGCUGUGGCGUCUCCAGACCAGCCCACUGAUGUCCCCCGCCUCCUCCCCGCUGCACCGCUCCUUCUCCUCCUCUCCCGUACCCUCCUCCGCUCUAUUCUCCUCUUCACCUGUGGCCGGGUACGAGUCCCCCACCCACUGCCACGGCUUCCCUCAGCAGCCUCAGUAUUGCUCCCCUUCUCACAGAGCCACCAAUCAAAACCUGUCCCCUGGACCAGCCACGCCCACCCACAGGGCGGCCGCUAAUCACAAUUACUCCCCCGGCCCAGGCACACCCACACACAGGUCCUCUGUCGAUCGCUGUAAUUCAAAUGCUUGUGUCACGUCUUUACAGAGUUAAUCGUGAUUUCUUUUCAGUAUGAAUUGCAAAACAUGUCUCAUAACAAUGCUGUGCCCUCCAGUAAUCACAGGAAUAACUAGACUGACACUGUCAAAGCUCUGGGGUAAAACACUCUUGAACCUCCCAAUACCAUCGCGGUGCCCAUCAUGCAAAACACAGAAAUACGAUGAUAGGAAAUAUUCUGUCUUUGCAUCUUUGCCCCAGAUACACAUUUCUGUUAAUCUAGUAUUUUAGUGUAGACUGUUUAUACUGUGUGUUGAUAGAUGGACCUCAUCUACAUGGGUCUGCAUGAGUGUAUACAAGUAGAACGGUAGAGUUGGGGAGGAGCACACUCUUGCCACCAGAAAUUGAAAGUGGCGUGGUAAAACCACACCGAAUGGUAAAAUAAGCUAUUUUCUGUCAUUUGGAAUAAUUUCUUACUCUCAGUUCUCUUCUGUCAUGAAAAAAAUCCCUAACAAAGCGCCUUAUUAUCGGUCCUGCCACCUCACCAGCAGAGAGCGACCAAUUAUUAUUUAUACUAUUAUUUAUACUGGACUUUAAUCUAGAAUUGGUUUGUAAAGCAAAUCAAAUUUUGUUCCUUAGCCUUCACAAGGUCUACUUAACAUCUUCUAAUUAGUCCUGUGCUGAAACAUGGAACAAACCUCUUUGGAUCCCUAGCCAUUUUUCCUGCUAAAUACAAAGAACUUACUCUUUUAAAACGUUGCCAGGUCUUCCUUCACUAUACAAGCUACUCUUUACUUCUGGGAUCCCUCAGGUCAACAUGCAAAAACUACGUCUGGCAUCUUGAAUUUACCUCAGUGGGAAUGUGGAGUUUAAUGUGUCUCAACAGCAACGACAAAAUCACCCAGAUACCAGGUAGUUCAACGCUAAGGGGAAACCUAGCACAAGAGUCGCUGUUAUAAAUGUUGUGCAUUUCUUUAUAACGUGAUGUUUAUGUGUAAUUGAUUUAUUUACAGUGUUUUGUAAAUUAAGCAGGCAUGUACUGUGGAUGUCUUCCAGUUUAAAUGUGAAACUUACUGCUCUGAUGUACUUAUUAAGCUUGAGGUGCGAGGGGAAAAAAUGGUGUCUGUAACUGAAAAUAUCUCCCAUGGGACACAAGUGGAAUAUGCGACGCAACCCUGGAGAAAGCAGAUAAUCCAAACGUUGCCAGCACACUGGCAGUUAUAUGCAAACAUUUCGCACCCCUGGACAAACUACAUAAUUGAUUCAAAAUGGAAAGAGAUACAGCCCAGCAUCAAAAACUGCCCCAUCUGAAACAAAGUCAGUUGAUGAAAUGAAUAUCUUGUAAAAGUUAGGUACACAGGUUGUGAAUUAUGUAUUUUGUUCAUGGAUGCACAAGCUUUUGCAUAUAACUAUUUAGAGGAUUGUCUAGUGAUAUGUGUUUCUAUAAGCUAUGUAAAAUGUUUUUUAAAAAGCAGGUUUACCUCCCUGUCAUGUAUGCCAUUUGUGUAUUCCUCCCUAAAGCUGUGUUAACCUCUUCAAUUUUUUUUAAUAAUCUGGUUUUGUUUCUCUGACUGAUCUUUUGUACUGUUUGUGUAUACUUCAGCAAGCUACAGAAUUCUAAGUGUGCUAAAAACAAAUAUUUUCAGGGAAUUCUUUUCUAAAUUUUUAUUGAUUAGUAAUACUGAAUUUCUUUGGUUUAGCUCAAUAGAGCAUAAGCACUGUCUAGAAACAUCCCAAAAUAAUUUUUCACUUCUGUAAAAUACACCAGAGAAACCAACAACUGGUAUAUAAAAAUAACUUAUAUUAAUGUAUACAGUAUGUGUCAGCUGCCUCCUGUACUGUACUCUGCUGACUAACUUACUCUCAUGGUCUCUUUCCCCUGACUUACACCACGGUUACUACUACAAUGUAAAGUCUAAGGUUUAAUAAAGUCAUGUAUUGACAGAAUUAAAGCUUUUUAAGAUAUACAUAAAAUAAACUACUGUAAAUAGAGAAUGGCAGAGAGAAAGAAUGAGAGUAAGUCUGUGUUGGCAGUUAAAUUGUGAAUAGGAGCAUGACUUAACAAUAAUGAUGUAUUGUUAUUAGUUAAAUAGAUGCAUGAGAGCGAGUGGGUUGGUGUUAUGGGAUUUCACAAUGGAGGCCUGGAAAAAGUCCAUAAAAUUACAUAGACAGCCCCCUGGUUACCUCUUCUGCAAAUUGAAAUUAACCAGCAACUCUAAUUUGAAUGUUAACAUCCCGGUGAGUCAGGGACAUAUCGAUUAAAACUAUUUUGGGUUCACAACUUUUGAGCCCUAAACUUUUACAUCACCUUGCUCUACCAGCACUUUUCAUGGCCUUGAAAAAGUAUUUUAAAACGCAUCUUUACAUUAACCUUCUACUUAUCUUAUAUGAUGCGUACACAGUUUAAACGCUUUUCAACAAAAGAAUGUCAAGUACAGAGUAGAAUUGUAUCUAAGCUGUCACUGGUUUUGUAUGAACACCAUUGAUAUUUAGAAUGUCUUUGAUCAUUUGUAUGAAAAUACUAAUCAGAAAGUCACAGUUUUUUUCAGAUGUUUCGGAUUAAAGUUCAACCAUAUCCCUAAAUAGUCCCAUAAGCUUUUCCUAAAGGUCACCUCAGGUGCAAAACUACCAUCUGCAAUGAUGCAACUAAACUAUUGUUUACAAACGACAGCGUGAAGUUUUAAAUUUCAUCUUUAAUGAAUACUACACUUUUAAACGGACCACAGUUUCUAAAUACUGAACUGGUAUUGUAAUGACCCUUCAAUGUGUCCUGUGGACAUCUUUGUCUCACUAUGCGCCGAAUGUCUAAAAUGUAACAUGACAGCAUUUUUUUACAAGUCAUUUGUGUGAUUUUGUCUAAUAUUGAACAACCUCUUGUGUGACCACUUUGUAGCAGCCAUUAGGUAUGUAGCAUUUGGUCGAGCCUCCCCGCAGAAUCCAUGUAAUUUUUUGGGAGAUAAAUUCACCCAUGUUGACACUCAAAUCUUGCCGUAGCAAAUGUUUCCAUGGCUUCUAACUUUUGUCUCUAGAAUUUGAAUUUGUGGAGGUAAUCUAUUGAUCCUUUUGAAUUUUGGCCCAGAGACAAGCUUUGUAUGUUCUGGCACUGAUUGUAUGUAUGAAUGUAAAUACAUUUACAACAUGAGGUGUGUCUUAGUGCAUCAACAGAGUAAUAGAAGCAUGUUUUCUCUGCCUUUGCUGUUUCUUGUUCUCCCUUGCUCUUCUUUUACCUCUCUGCAUUUGUGAAGGUUCAAAUGUAACUUUAGUGUAGGAGACUUAGAAGAUGAGGAAGAGAAUAGUUCAUCAAUGUAAUGUAAACACAGUAUGUUGAUGCUUUUAUUUGUACUGUCUGAGGAGAACAUUAAUAAAAUAUUUAAGAAAAUUGAAGAACACCUUGCAUUCAGUCACCAUUUCAAGCCUGUUUUGCUGCACAGUACAGUACUCUGGUUGUGAGUUCUAGUGAGCAACAUUUCUGUAUAUUUUGACUUAGACUUGGAGAUUGGAAAAGAAAAAGAACAAAAUAAUGGAAGAAUGAUUGUGGACCAUCAUUGAACACAUCAGUGAAGGAGUUAAGUAAGUUAAUCAGAUGAAUCACAAAAAGAUAAGUGUGCAGAAAAAGUUCUUUCUUUUUACCUUAAAUAUCACAAGCUUACAUUUAAGUCUGAUUUAAAACAGUUAUGUCAAUUCGUAAAAACUUCAAUAUAUUUUUGCAUUGGAUUUUACUGAUGCUUGAGGUACAAAUGUAAUGACUCAAAAUAAAAAUGACAAAUAAACAGCUCUAAAUUAAAUAAAAAAUAUGUUUUUAGAAAAAAAACCUGCCUGAUCACAUCUUGAUUUCACAAACAUUAGAGAUGCUUCUCGGAAUGCUCAUGGUA